CGUCUUCUUGUUCCAACCAAAAGGGCUCGACUGGCUGAGAAACGUGCUCGCCACCGCCAACUUUAUGAUCAGCUAAUGACAUCCGCAUCUGGAGGGGACACUGCCACUGCUUUCCAUGAUACUCUAGUAAAACAACAGUCCGUCCAAGAGGAGAUAAACGCAAGUGUGCGCCGGCGCCUCCUGCAAGAAGCUGGAGUUAAGCUGGACACCAUGCAGGAGAUUUCUGAAACACAAUCUGGCUCUAAUCCUGCCACGGAUAUUGAGGGUCUUCCGCCUGGAACUUAUGUCAAACUGAUUUUUGCCAGUAUGUCUUGGAUUAUUUGUGGAAUUGUUCGAGGUUUCUGUCAAGUGCGUAUGUUGACUUGA